CUGAAAUAGAAGUAUAAACCUAGAAUAAGCAUAAGAUGAACUUUAAAAUUCAUCAUGUGAUGCCGUCCCCUCAGGGUGAGCCUCAUCUAAGUACCGCCUAUGCUGUGAUGAUGUCUUACUGGGAGGGCAUCUUUCACUUGGCCCUCUUCUUCACCAUCAUCCACCGCAUGUUCAAAGGGAAGUCCUAUCGUAGCCUGGGGCUGCUGUGGGCAGGCUCCGCAAUCGCCCAUCAAAUUGUUCACAUCCCAGGAGUGGUUAUUGGUAAAUAUGGAUCAAACAUUCAACCAGCCUUUUGGAGGAACAUCCCCUUCUUUGUGUUGCCUUUCUGGGCGGCCUCGGUGCUCUUUAGCAGACCCAGAGAGAUGCCACUUGUCACUGCAGACAAGGUAAAUCUCAGCUGUUAAGACUUUUGUAAUAUU